AUGUUAUCCAUAUUUUCAGAAGCAGACAGCGAUUUUGAUCAAAGAAGACCGUUUUGGCUUCCUUAUAAUCAAGUCUGCUUGCCUAUCAUUCAUGAAGGCUAUUUGACAGAAAUCACUGAAAUUGGAUCAAAGUUGAACUACUACUUACUUAGCAGCACUUGCUUACUUAGGCUCUCACAAGGCUCGGACUUUAUUGAAACUAUGGCAAUUCUUAAAUGGAAGAGGGUGAUACCAUUUACAGACAACAAAGAAUUAUUAAAAUUUGGGUUCAAAAUUGGCCACUCAGAUAACUAUAAGACAUUUUAUGUGGAUAAUGAAGAAGAUUUAAAUAGGUGGAUUGAUAAACUAAGCCUAGUAGGAAUAAUGGACAAUAUCGAAAAAGAUUACUUAAUUGUGAACGAAAUAGGGAGAGGAUCAUUUGCCACAGUUUUUUUAGCUAUUGACAGCACCAAUGGUAAAAAAUACGCAAUAAAAUGCUUCAGCAAGUUUGAGUUGUGUAACAGAAAAAAUGGUAUUAAGCAGCUGCUGACUGAAAUAGAGAUCAUGAGACGGCUUGACCAUCCUAAUAUUGUCAAGCUUUUUAAGAUUUAUGAAGACUAUGACAGCGUUUAUCUGGUGCUAGAAUAUGCAGAAGGCGGAGAUCUAAGGAAAAAACUGUCAAUAUGUAAAAGAUUUUCAGAAGCAGAUGCAAUUGGACUUAUUCAAAAAUUAUUAAAAGUGGUCGAAUAUAUGAGAUCGCUAAAUAUUGUGCAUAGAGAUAUCAAAUUAGAAAAUAUAUUUCUAGUAAAUUCUGAUAGCAAUAAUGAUUUCAAACUUGGCGACUUUGGAUUGGCUAGUGAAUGCGAAAAUUUCUUAGAGGGAAAAUGUGGGUCAUUAGGAUAUGUUGCCCCAGAAAUACUUUUAGGUAUGAAAUAUAGCUUUAACGUAGAUGUAUUUAGCGUUGGAGUUGUAUUUUUUUCGCUUAUUGCAGGCAGGAUUCCUUUUUUAGGUAAAACUACGAAUGAGAUUUACAAUAAAAAUCUUAAUUGUAAUAUUCAGUUCAAUGAAAAGUGUUGGAUAUCGAUUAAUAUCCAAACAAUCUGCAUGAUUCAGAAUCUAACAACAAAAGAUCCUAGAUUAAGAUCCGAAGCCAAGCAUGCUCUAAGGAAUCAAAUAUUUCAUAAGCCACAAGACGAAAGCAAUUAUUAUUCAAUCAAUUUGUCACCAUUAUCAUAUUUGCUCACUCCCUUUCUAGGUGACAAAACUCCUGUUUCAAUUUUAAAGGGGUUUAAUAUGAUUUGAAGAAUUAAUUCAAAAUUAAUGGAUUUAAGGCAAUAACUGUUAAAUAAUAUUCUAAUUGUAUUACUUUCAUUAAAAAUUAAGUGAAACUAGUUUUAUAAAAUUAUUAUAUUCACUUUAAAACUUGUAAUUAAAAAAUCAAAAUAUUUCCAUUUAAAGGGGUUAAUUUACCUAAAUAUGGAAAUUUUAUCGGGGAGUUACAAAAACAAGUAAUGAAUGUCAUUUUGUUGAAAGCCAAGCUGAUCAUCAAUUCUACUUGAAUGAGCUAAACAUUCAAGUUUUAUAUUAUUCUCAACUACCCCAAUCAACAGCGAUUACAAAUUCAGCUAUUUCUUAA